AAUUUAUAAUAAAUGCUUAUUAAAAUAAAACUAACAAGAGAAAUAUAGUAGCUGUUCCUAGAUUGUUUUAAACAAAUAUACGAGAUAUAAAAGAUUAAAUAAAAUACGAAUAUUUUAUACAAGACACGAAGAAAAAUAAUAAAAGAAAGAAAAAGAGAAAAAAAGAGAGUUAAAUAAAAAAGGAAGCUCAUGAGAGACAAGAGCAAAUAACUAAACGUUCCUGGAACGCUGCAUGGUAAAGAAACAGGAAGGAACAGGUGUGUAUAGUGAUGCAUUAAAACGCCUCUAGCGGGAGAAAGAAGAAGAAGCAUGGAGAACGCAACGAUUGCGCUUGAUUCGACGGUCAGAAGUCAGGAUUCGAGUAAUUCGAAGGACUCGAAGGAGUCGUGCGCAUCGGACUCGAAGCCGGAGAGUUGUUUGGAGUCGAAGCACUCGAAGGAGAUCCUUAUCUCUGAGAAACAGCAACGACAACAACAACCACGAACACAGCAACAUCCGGAUGAUCGACAGAAACUGAGGAGUACGGAGCCUAAAGAUGAUUCGAAUCUUCUGAUGUUCACUUCUUGCGGACAGUUGCUACUUGGUGUAGUCCUCGUAGUAUUCGGCAUCCUGGUGCUGGUCCAUGGCGCUGCGUUAGGCGGUUCCGGUGCAGGAUUGUGGGCAGGUGUGGGUGCCCUUGUCGCAGGAGCGUUGGGUGUUGUCGCGACGCUUGCAACAUCGUCGAGCAAGACAAAUUCCAGCUUUUCCACGGCUCACCUUGCAGCGAGCCUCGUUGCCCUUGCCCUUUCGAAUAUGGCUGCAAUUACGGCCUUGACUGCUAUCGUCAGAGACUCACAGAGGACACCGGAAGUGACCUUGCUCACUGUUCCGGAUGAAAACAGUGAAGCAGCUGAUGUGGAGAAUAGCUGGGCCGGCCUAUUGGCAAGCAUCGGUUUGCUAGUGACCAGCGUGGCCGAGCUAUUGGUUUCGGGCUACAGCUGUCUGACCUUGACCCCGAAGCUCUGCGGAUGUCUUCGAGCGAACAACGUCGACGAAGUAACAAACGAUGGUCGAUUGAAGACCCGUAACAUGGUCCAUCAGUGGGUCACCGCUCAGAACCACGUGCCGAAAAGUCAGCCGAUUUACGUGGUACAGCCGAUGCUACCGAUGCAUCCGAUGAUCCAGGUGAGGCCGGAUCCUCUCCCACGACCCUUCGUACUCGGCUACUACGGCUCGACCUCCGGCGAACUGGAGUCGCCUUAUGCAAUGCCUGGCGCUCCUGCAAAAUUUCCUGGAGGAUUCGUGCCUGCUGGACCAUUACCCAUAGCUGCCCCAGCUUAUGGUGCCGUUCCUAUGCUACCACACAUGCCAUACGCAGCUCGUCCUCCAUCGCAAAUCAUUCGACCAAAGCAAAAACGUCACAUAACUGUGGAACACGAAGACACCACGGAAAGGAAGAAACAGACUGAAAGAAAAACGGAGUCCCCAAAAAGGAUGUCUUCUAUAGGAGAAGACCAAGUAGAUCUAGCUCAAACAUACACAGGAUUGGACAAAAAAAUUUCAGAAGAAUUCAUUUCAAUCGCUAUGGAUCCAGAAAGAAAGUCGAAAGCUUCCAGUAGUCACGGUAGUGAAAUCGGAACCGCGAAAACCUCUUGAAAACAUGAUAUCCACAUUUUCAAGUUGUAUCGUGUUACUUUCGUAAUUAAUGUACAAAAUUCUUCUACAUUUACGCAUGUAAAUGUGCAUAAUUUAGUAUUAAAAGAAGAAGGUUUUUUAUCAUUUCAAUUAUCAACGCUUUGAAAAUUUGUUAGACGCAAAAUUCAUUGUAUGAUUAUAAUUGUAUUAAAGAAGCCAUUUGAAGACUUCUCUCGAGGCUCUAUUUUUUUCUUUUUUUGUUAUAUGAGCGUACAUCGUUACAAGUAUAUACAGGUACGCAUUGAAAUUUUAAUUAAUUGUUGUUGUAGAUAUUAACUAUUGACCUUUGGUAGCCUAAACUGUUCUAAUGAAAUCUGUUUAGAACAGAGAAUAGAUACAUAUUGUUGUGUUUCUAAUUGUAUAAAAAUGAUUAUAUUUAAUAAGUAAGAUUUAAAAAAUUAGUAAAUUUAUUUAUUUUUUAUGGUAUUUUAUACCAGCUGUUGUUUAUUAUAUGUACAUUAUUCAUUGCAAAAUGCAGCAAUAUGUACUUGGAAAAAUAACUUAGGCUUUAAAGGAAUAACAUAUAGCUUUGUGUAUUUGUUAUAAAAUAAUUCCAAAGGUAAACUAUAAUUAUAAUAUUUCACUUUAUAUAAUGUAAGAUAAAAGUAUAAAUUCAUUUUAGAUGCACAAGACUAUUAAAACGUUACAUUGGAAAAUGAAUACAAAAAAUUAAAAUAUUCUAUCUAUUUUUAAUGAUUGAAAACUAUCUGUACUUAAGAACUAAAGUUUUAUACUGCCAAAGUUGUCUACAUAAUUUUUUAGUACAUAUUAAAAUAUUAUAUAUAUUGUAUACAUAUAUACAUAUAUACAUACUUAAUUCUUCUACUUUAUAAAUUUGUAAGAAUAAUUUUACAAUUUUUAUACUUGUGCUAGGUUUGGAACACAUCCUGCAGAAGAAUGAUAAUCAUAUUUUACUUGACUUUUUAUUUUUCUCGCGAGUCACUAAAGGUUCUUACAAGUAACAGCAUUUCUUUGUUUAAUUAAUGAAUAUAUCAUGAUUUAUUUCUUUGCAAUCUAAUAAACAAUAUAACUUAACUUCAGAAAAAUAUAAAACUGAAACUAGCUGUACAGAUAUUGCAUUUACCUUUUAAAACAUGUUUUAUCAUGUUUAAUUUAAAAUAAUGAUUAUACAAUAAUGUAUGAAAUCAAUAUCAAUAUAGAAUUGCAAAGAGCUAAAAUGAAAUACAUUAAAAUGUUUAACACAAUCUUUGGAAUGUGCGAUUGCAUAUAAUAGACUAAACCCCUAAGAUAUCUGAUUUUAAAAUGGUUUUUAAAAAAUAUGCAUAGAUAUAUUAUUAAUUACAUAUAAAGAACGUAAUACAAAACUUUACUAUUUUUAUUUGCAUAAAAUUAUUCGAGUCAUUUGUAAUUAUUGCUUUCUAUAAUUCAGCCUGUAAAAAGUUACACGUGAUGCCGAUUUAAUAUCGCCAUUCUAUUGUAUAGUCGUAACGUCACUGCUCGAAAUUAAUUCGACGCGAAAUCCAUCGUGUAUAUAUAUAACGUGUAACAUGUCAUGAAUAAAUAAAUUUAAAAAAUAAAA